UUUUUUUAUGAGAAUACUGAUUCUUUUCCGUUUUAAUUAUGAAUCGAAUCCAAAUCCAUUAAAGUUACAAAAAAUUACUUUCGAUGUAUACGACGAGAUCGCUCGAGAAGCUUUCCAUAUUAGCCGACGUGACAUGAUAUGGACCCCUCUCUAUCAGCGAGAUCGAGUUUAACUUUCGGAGAAACACUGUGCGUGGUGUUCAUUCCGCUGAUCGGAAUCGCUGAAGCCUUGUUUUAUGGCUUAACAAGUUGCUUCAGUUUCCGGAGUUUAGAGCAGAAGAAGAAAGAGAAGAAGUUUUCUUCUACGUUUGAAGAUAUUCUCGCACUCGCUAAUGAUUCUCCUUUUAAUGUGAAUGAAGUAGAGGCUUUGCAUGAGUUGUACAAGAAGUUGAGUUGUUCAAUCAUUGAUGAUGGUCUUAUACAUAAAGAAGAGCUUACGUUGGCAUUAAUGAAGACCACGGUUGGCAAGAAUCUUUUCCUUGAUAGGGUGUUUGAUCUCUUUGAUGAAAAAAAGAAUGGUGUUAUAGAAUUUGAGGAGUUUGUGCAUGCUCUCAGUGUCUUUCAUCCUAAUACUCCUUUGGAAAAGAAAAUUGAUUUUGCUUUUAGAUUGUAUGACUUGAGACAGACCGGAUACAUUGAACGAGAAGAAGUUCGACAAAUGGUGGUUGCCAUUUUAUCAGAAUGUGGCAUGGAUGUGGAAAAUGAAAUACUUGAAGCCAUUAUUGAUAAGACAUUUCAAGAUGCUGAUGCUGACAAGGAUGAUAAGAUCAGUAAAGAGGAGUGGAGGGAGUUUGUCAUUCGGAACCCCUCACUCUUAAGGCACCUGACUCUUCCUAAUCUGAAGGAGAUAACCACAGUAUUUACCAGUUUCAUUUUCAACACUGGAGUUGAAGAUUCCCACUGGUAACUCAACGGCUAGUCAAAAAUUGACAUCAAGGAGUGGAGCUUGUUCUGGUUUGGUGCAUCUGCCGUUGCUCUCUUGAGAAUUAGAUUCUGGCGGUUCUAUUCUCCCAUUGAUUUCAAGUUCAACUGGGAAUUUUUUUUGAAAGUGGGCAAAUACACCAAUCCUUGAUUGAGUAAAAAGGUAUUCUAAUAUCUGAUCCAAACAGAAUGAUCCGUUUAAAUUAGACCAAACUGUGGUUCGGUGUAUACCUUGGUUCAGUGCGGUGUACCGCGUUUAAUGUACAGCUAUUGGAAUGAUCGAAAUAAUAAAUUUGAGAAAAUUAUGGAUUUGAAGAUA